AUGUCGGAUCUUUCGUCUCAAUUGUCUGCAUUCAAAAACCGUAUCAGGGCUGGCCCUUCGGUUGCUGUUCGGCGCGCUGUGACACCAAAACCCGUGACUAAGCAGGUGGUCGAAGAGCCACCUCACAAGCGCAAUGGUGACAAUCAAGACAGUAAUUUCCAAGAGGCAAAACGCCAGAAACAGGAGAUUUUGGAAGGUGUUUCCGGUGCACAUCUCUCUACAAGACUCCACUUAGCUGUGGAGUACAUCAAGCAGCAAGAUACGCCAAUCCUGGUGAAGAAAUUGGAAGGGUAUCUUUCGUUCGACAUUACGCAUACUUUGCUUCCCCUUCUAAAGGAGAUUGACAGAAUCAAGUAUGAUCCAGCCACCAACACCUUAGAGUACAUGUCUCUACACAACAUCCGUACCGCAGACGACUUGCUAAAUUUUUUGAGGCUGCAGCCCACGUUCAAAGGUACAUCGGUGAAGGAACUCAGGGAUGGGUGGUCCGGGUGCUUAGAGGCUAUAUCCAAGCUUGAGGAAGACAACAAGAUUCUUGUCUUGCGUAAUAAGAAGGAGAAUGCACCGCGGUUAGUAUGGGCAAAUCUUGGGGGUGAAAUCGGCAACAUCGACGAGGAGUUCGUAGAGCUGUGGAACAAGAUUAGAGUUCCUGACAGGGACAGCUUAUACCAGGUUUUGGUGGACAACUCGCUUAAGCCAACUGGCGAGGAUCCACAAGAGAUGAAGAAAAAGCCACAGCAGCAGGAGCGUAAGCAGAAGAAGGCCAGAAGAGGAAAGAUCACCAACACUCACAUGAAGGGUAUAUUAAAAGACUACUCGCAGCUUGUUUGA